GGGACUAUUGGGUAGAGAAUUUACCAAAAAGUUUCCCCUUUCUCGCCGGGACGAUUUCAUUGCUCAGCGCGCGGUUUCCUGCCGCCCCCCCCCCCCCCCCCCCGCGUGUCUGGCCCGCGGCAGGCCCCUCGGGUGUCUCUUCCCUAAGAUCCCGGCCUGGAGUUUUCUCCCUUCCUGCCUAGGCUCCUUGGAUUUGGAGGUGUCGUGGCAACAUUUUGGCAACUGUGUCGUUCUAGCUUCGUGAAUGAGAUACAUGGGGUUGGAGAGGAUACAUCGGGGCUUUAAAGGGAUGCACUUGUGCUUUUGGCUCUUUAACAAACAACACACAUCUGGACACCAAAACAAGGGCCUGUCAGUGUAACGGGUCUCAAAGGGUCUCAAAGGCCAGGUCUGUUUCCUAGAGUCACUGCAAACUCCUGAUUUCUGCCAGGACUUAACACUCAGGCCAGUGAGGCAGGAGAUACGAAGACUUCCAAAGAAGGGCCCGUUCCUUGGAUGUGCCGCCUCACAGAGAGAUGAAGGGGCAGCAGAAAACAGCUGAGACGGAAGAGGGGACAGUGCAGAUCCAGGAAGGUGCAGUGGCAACUGGGGAGGACCCAACCAGUGUGGCUAUUGCCAGCAUCCAGUCAUCUGCCACCUUCCCUGACCCCAACGUCAAGUACGUCUUCCGAACUGAGAAUGGGGGCCAGGUGAUGUACAGGGUGAUCCAGGUGUCUGAAGGGCAGCUGGAUGGCCAGACCGAGGGGACUGGUGCCAUCAGUGGCUACCCUGCUACUCAGUCCAUGACCCAGGCGGUGAUCCAGGGUGCGUUCACCAGUGACGAUGCAGUUGACACAGAGGGGACGGCCGCUGAGACACACUAUGCUUACUUCCCUGGCACUGCUGUGGGCGAUGGGGCGGCAGGGACCACGGCAGGGAGUGCAGCAGCUGUUGUCACCACCCAGGGCUCGGAGGCACUGCUGGGACAGGCCACCCCUCCUGGCACCGGUCAGUUCUUCGUGAUGAUGUCACCACAGGAAGUGCUGCCGGGAGGAAGCCAGCGCUCCAUUGCCCCCAGGACCCACCCUUACUCCCCGAAGUCAGAAGCUCCCCGGACGACGCGGGAUGAAAAACGCAGGGCUCAGCAUAAUGAAGUGGAGCGGCGCCGCCGGGACAAGAUCAACAACUGGAUCGUGCAGCUGUCCAAGAUCAUUCCAGACUGCUCCAUGGAGAGCACGAAGUCAGGCCAGAGUAAAGGGGGGAUUCUCUCCAAAGCCUGCGAUUACAUCCAGGAGCUGCGGCAGAGCAAUCACCGGUUGUCUGAGGAGCUGCAAGGGCUGGACCAGCUGCAGCUGGACAACGAAGUGCUUCGCCAGCAGGUGGAAGACCUCAAGAACAAGAACCUGCUGCUCCGCGCCCAGCUGCGGCACCAUGGGGUGGAGGUGGUCAUCAAGAAUGACAGCAGCUGACUUGGGUCCCUGUGGUGGAGCGGCAGGAAGCCUGGAGCAGCAGGCUCCCCGUGCCGUUCCUUCCCUGCCCAUUUCUGGCACGAGACUGGGAGGUUCAGAGGGUGUGUCGGGUAGCAGCCUGCAGGGUGUGAAACACGGAGGAACACUGGCUGACAGCCUGGUGCACACUCGGUGUCCGUGCGGAUGCUGGACACACCCAGUGGGCCUGCCUGGUGCCUGCUGAUGUGACGCCUGGCUGCCCGGGACCCGGGGCUUUCGGUCCCCCCUUCCCUGGAGCUCGGGGUGCACCUGAGGACGCCAGGGGACAGGCUUCAGCAAGACGAGGGGGAGGAGCAGUGGCCGCUGCCGCAGAAGGUUGGGCAGCAGCUGAGACUGACGCAGACGUCCAGGGAGAACCAUAGGCAGGGCCCACGUGGGCUUUGCCCCUUGUGGGGACGGUUCCCCCCUUUUUUUUCAAACAUAAAAUGUUCAGAGCCGCA